CUCAAGGAGGUGACGCAGUAUUGAACUUGUGUGAAGCAGCGGAAAAGCAAGUGGAGAAGAACAUCACACCAUCUCGAAGAUGCAGGGCAUGGAUCAAAUCAGCCACAAGGAUUACCAAGCAACAGCUGACUGGCUCCUGACCCACACCAGGCACCGACCGAAAGUGGCCAUCAUCUGCGGUUCCGGCCUUGGCGUGCUGGCUGAUGCCCUUCAGCACUCAGACUCUUUCAAGUAUUCUGAUAUUCCCAACUUCCCCCAAAGCACAGUGCAAGGCCACGCCGGUCAGUUGGUCUUUGGAGAGCUGAGAGGUACAGCAUGUGUCUGUAUGAAGGGAAGAUUCCACAUGUAUGAAGGACACCAGCUUGCCAAGGUGACCUUCCCAAUCCGGGUCUUCAAGUUGCUGGGUGUCAAGAUUCUGAUUGUCACAAACGCAGCUGGAUCUCUAGCAGAUGACUACAAAACGGGAGACGUAAUGAUCAUCAAAGACCAUAUCAACCUGCUGGGCCUGGCUGGACAGAACCCACUCAUUGGACCUAACAUUGAGCAGUUUGGCCCUCGUUUCCCUCCAAUGACGAGCACCUAUGACAAGGAUCUAUGUAAGCUGGCAAUGGAUAUCUGCAAGAGGUUGGGCUAUACCUGUGUGCACAAGGGCAUCUACUGCAUGGUGUCAGGGCCCAACUUUGAGACCGUAGCUGAGGCCCGCCUUCUUCAUAGUCUGGGAGCAGAUGCUGUAGGUAUGAGCACAGCUGCUGAAGUUGUAGUGGCAAAGCACUGUGGUCUACGGGUGUUUGGACUUUCACUCAUAACCAACCAGGUGGAGAAGGACUACUCUGAGAAGGGAAGUGUCAACCAUGAUGAUGUGCUGGGAGUGAGUAAGAUGAGGGCGGAGAUGUUGAAGGCGCUGGUCUCUGAGAUGAUUGGCCAACUAGAAAUUAAUAACAACAUUGUAGAAGUCUGACUGAAUCACAUUAAUGCCUUCAGAAGUUUCACACUUUGAAUGACAUUAUGCCAAGAAUUUACAGUAAGUUAUCUAAAUAAAUUGAAAUAUCAGCAGACGUGUGUGGUUUUGCAUGUCUCUUACGGGAUUGAUCGAGUUUCCAAGCCUUAUAACAUGCAACUAGAGAAGAAAUUGGUCUUGGGGAGACAGGGUUGACUCUUCAAAUCAUUUUCAUUCUGCUAUUUGAAUCCUGACUUUAAAGCAGGCCAGACUCCAAGCUCAAAUCGAUCACCUAGCCAUUUAAAAACAGACUUCUAUUAAUCCUUGAGUAGGUGUUAAUAAAUCUUUUCAACAUGCUUAAAUCAGUGUUUUAAACACUCCGUGGUGAUUGGUGGUUCUGUAAGUGCUCCAGUGUUAGCCAAACACUAAAAUAUGGUGCUAUGGAAUAUCGAAUAAAUUAGCCAGGGAAAAUGCAAUCAAUCAGGAUAUGCAUAUCUAAAGGAAACAAAUUCCAUCAUACUUGGGUACCCAAUCUGCCAACACAAAACACACCACCUCAUAUAUCUGACCACCAUUGUGCAGGACAUCCGCUUAUUACGAGACAUACACACUUAAACACUAUGUGAGUAAUACUAAAAUGGCGGUUUCCCUAUGUGGAUCUGUCCUUUAAGCUCAGCUUCAUUUUUGUUGGUUUUCUGCUACUGGCUAUAACUUCAUCAUUCUUCACUUAUUUUUCAUGUUCUACCCCUCAAAAUAAACAUCAGACAUUUCUCUUUCAGAAUUUGUAGCAGGAGUACUUCUUUAUAUUCCCUGCUUUGUGUCCCUAUAAAUGCAAGU